AUGGAGAAAACAAUACUAAAAAUUAAGAACAAGAUCAUCAUAAUCAUCAUCAUCAUCAUUAUCGUCAUCAUCCCCAUAUCACCGUCAUCACAUCAUCGUCAUGACAUCAUCAUCAUCAUCGUCAUCAUUAUGAUCGUCAUCAGUAUCAUCACCAUUAUCAUCAUCAUCAUCAUCAUCAGCAGCCUAUUUCCACCAACUGCUGGACAUGCCACUAUACGAAUAGCUAUGGCACCCCUUCACCCGCCAGUAUGGUUGCAACCAUAUGAUGCCAUUGACAAACAAGUGGUUUGUCCUCAACCUACAUUCCCAAUUUCUGAUCUCCAACCAAGUACCCUAGUGCAACAAGAAAAUUGUCUGAUUGCCAAUGUUUUUGUGCCAAACACAAAUAAAAAGAAUCUCUCCGUCGUAGUUUAUGUUCAUGGAGGAGCUUUUAUUAUGGGAUGGGGAGAAAUGUUUAAAGCCACACAGUUAAUGAACAAAAAAGAUAUUAUUAUAGUUAACUUCAACUAUCGACUAGGUGUCCACGGCUUUCUUUGUCUCGGCACUGAAGAUGCACCAGGUAAUACUGGAAUGAAGGACCAAGUUGCAUUGCUGCGUUGGGUGCAAAAGAACAUCGCCAGCUUUGGUGGUAACCCAGAUGACGUCACUAUCAUAGGAUACAGUGCUGGAUCUGCAUCUGUAGACUUGUUAAUGCUUUCUAAGUCUGCUGAAGGAUUGUUCCACAGAGUAAUACCUGAAAGUGGAGGAAAUCUCGCUGCAUUUUCAAUUCAAAGAGACCCUGUGGAGAUUGCCAAAACAUUUGCUAAACAACUUAACUUUACCAACGUAGAUGAUAUUUAUGCUCUUGGAGAGUUUUACAAGACCGCACCUUUAGAUUUGUUGAUGUCAGAUCCAUUUUUCGAUAGAACUGAUUCUACUUUCAUGUUUAGUCCAUGUGUGGAGCGCAAAAUGGGAGAAGAGACGUUCCUGACAGAAUCUCCACUAACCAUACUAAAGAACGGCAACUACAAGAAGUUACCGGUGUUGUAUGGUUUUGCUGAAAUGGAAGGACUGUUGCGUAUCGAUUUCUUUCCAUUUUGGAAAGAAAAGAUGAAUGUAAAAUUUUCAGAUUUUCUACCUGCUGAUUUAACAUUUAAAUCUGAAGAAGAAAGGGAAGAAGUGGCUCAUAAAAUUAAAAGAUUUUACUUUGGAGAUAAACCCGUCAGUGAAGAUAAUAUUUUAGAAUACGUGAAUUUCUUUUCGGAUGUCAUUUUUACAUAUCCAAUGCUUUGGGCAACUAAGUUGCACGUGGAGGCAGGCAACAACCAAGUAUAUUUGUAUGAAUACUCAUUUGUCGAUGAAGAUGUUCCUAUAGUACCACACACUAAUAUAAGGGGUGCUAACCACUGCGCUCAAUCCAUGGCUAUAAUGGAUGGGAAAAAUAUAACUCAUAUAGAUGAAUCUUCAGCGACUCCUGAGUUUCAGAAAAUGAAGAAAACAAUGCGAGAAAUUUGGUACAACUUUAUUAAAACUGGAAAACCUGUGCCUGAAGGAUCUUCAUUGCCUGCGUGGCCCGCUGCCGGCGCUGACAGGUCACCGCACAUGUCGCUGGGUGAGAAGAUCGAGCUGCGUGGUGUACUGCUAGAAGAGCGCACUCGCUUCUGGGAUGACAUCUACCAGAGAUAUUACCGGGAGCCUGUGGCACCGCCAAAACCACCGCCCAAACCUCACUCUGAAUUGUAAAACAAGACUGUAUUGUCCGUCAUAUUUUUACGCGUAGUAAUAAGCUUAGAAAUAUGAUGUAUUCUAGUGCUUGCCAACCCAAAAGCACUUCUUUUAAAUACCAAAUGUUUACUUUCUAUUUCAAAUUAAGUAAAGAGGUGAUGUGUGUAUUGUUUAUUGG